AUGGCGGAGCAAAAGGCAUCGCUGAAACUGUCAGGGCGUUCUAAGCCUGACAUUCAAGCUUCAUCGCCUGGUUCCGAUCAGCCAAGUCUGCAGGAUUGGGCUGAAGUUGCCUUAAUAGCGAUUGGUUCGCCUAAGUCGGCCCCGUAUUCGCUGCGAUUGGAGCUCUGCAUGUUGUCUGAGAGCCCGAAGAGCGGUCUGCUGAGCCCAGUCGAGGACCGCGAAGAUAAGCAGGGCGAUGACGACCUUUCAUCUCACCUUGACUCCGCCUUAAAUCAAACAGCCAGUCGUCAGGCGCUGGAUUAA